UUGCGCGAAUGUACCAAACUCAUUUGAAACUCCAAGCAAGCAGCACGUGAUCCACAAAUUUUGCUGUAGAAUUCCUCCUCCAUUCAUCAGUAAUCUCCAAAAAAAAAAUCCCAUUACCAAAAAGCCAUACUCCACCACAAAUCUGCACACACACGCACAAACGCUCUUUGGCUUUAUUUUCAUCUCCUUUUUGAUUUGAGUUUAUAGUUUGUGAGUUUUGCAAUGGCUGUUGUCUUAGAAACUCUAAUCGUACCACGCGCCUCCGUUGUCCCUUCUGCUUCCUUGAACCCUGUCGCCGGAGCCUCCAUUUCUCGCUGCAGCUCGAUCAGAUUCUCUCAGUUCAGAGGCCUCAAGAUCCAGCAAAAUCAACGUGUCGCACCUGUGAGUUCUACUUGUAAAUUUGCUCGCCGUGGAAGUCGAAUCGUUUGUGAAGCUCAGGAAACAGCAUUUGAAGUUGCUGGAGUUACUGAUGCUACAUGGAAGUCUCUUGUACUUGAGAGUGAAUUGCCUGUUCUAGUUGAAUUUUGGGCACCAUGGUGCGGGCCUUGCCGUAUGAUGCACCCACUCAUUGAUAAAUUGGCAAAGCAAUAUGCUGGGAAGCUUAAUUGCUGCAAGGUUAACACAGAUGAGAGCCCUUCAAUUGCAACCCAGUAUGGGAUUCGAAGCAUUCCAACCGUUAUCGUUUUCAAGAAAGGAGAGAAGAAAGAUGCAGUCGUCGGUGCUGUUCCAGAAUCAACAUUGACAACCUCCUUAGAAAAGUUCUUGUAGAUUGGCCCAGAAGCUUCCAGAAGCAGUCGAUCAUUCACGGACUGCAUAUACUGUUGGAUGUUACAUUUGUCAAAGGAUUAUUUUCGUGUUCACAGCACACUGUAAUAAGACGGUGUGGAGUGUCAAUUUAUUUUUCUUGGUUUUGGUUUUGGUUUUGGUUUUGGUUUUGAUUAUUCAACUUUGUUGAUAGAAUCGCUUUAAUUAUCAGUAAAAGUUCUCAAUAGCGUUCACUUUUUA